AGCUGACUCCUCCCAUGUGACUGAUCACAUGACCAUGACGUCACCGCAGGUCCUUCAGCUCACUAAGAAGAUAUAGAGGAAGCGAAGGAACAGGCCGGGCCGUGGGGCCGGAGGAGGAGGAGAGGGCUGAGGAAAACAUGUCUGAGACAUACGAUUUUCUCUUCAAGUUCCUUGUCAUCGGCAGCGCAGGAACAGGGAAGUCCUGCCUCCUCCACCAGUUCAUUGAGAGCAAAUUUAAGCAAGACUCCAAUCACACGAUCGGAGUGGAGUUCGGAUCCAGGAUUGUAAACGUGGGAGGUAAAUCGGUGAAGCUGCAGAUCUGGGAUACAGCUGGACAGGAGAGAUUUAGGUCAGUUACUCGCAGUUACUACAGAGGAGCAGCGGGGGCGCUGUUAGUCUAUGACAUUGCAAGCCGGGAGACUUACAACUCCUUGACCAACUGGCUAACCGAUGCACGGACCCUGGCCAGUCCCAACAUUAUCAUUAUUUUAUGUGGGAACAAGAAGGAUUUGGAAGCAGAGCGAGAGGUGACAUUUUUAGAGGCAUCCCGGUUUGCCCAGGAAAAUGACUUGAUGUUCCUAGAAACAAGUGCAUUGACUGGAGAGAACGUGGAGGAAGCCUUCCUAAAAUGUGCCCGGACAAUAUUGAAUAAAAUUGAUUCAGGAGAGCUGGAUCCUGAGAGGAUGGGAUCUGGGAUCCAGUAUGGUGAAGCCUCACCGCGGCAUGCAAAGCACACGCAUGGAACACAGCUACAGAACAGGCAGCAGUGCAGCUGUUAGUGAGAAAGCCAUCUGCCUGUGAAUAUGUUACUGAGGAGAAACACUUUUCAUCAUGCUCAGAUUAGACUGCACGCACCCCUGACUUACUGCACUUACCCUGUAUGAAAGAAUAGCUCACCUGUCUCCUCCUACGUCCUUGUGUUUAGCAGCCCCUUAUGACGGCCAGUUUCCUGAUAUGGCUCCCUAAACGCAGCCCAGAUAUUGGCAAAUGCUGCUUCCUGCCUGUGUCCUCCAUAUACCUUAUCCAAGGAAGAGGAACAGCCUAAAAUAUGACAAAAGGGAGUGAUGUAAAUAUACUCCUACUGAAAGACCGGCGUGGAUGACUUGACCCCAUGCGCAUUCCGUCCAUAGUCGCCUGCUGCCCACCCCUUGCUAUAAUACACAUGUGCCAUUCAGUAGUCUUAUCCCACAGUUCUGUGCUGCUUAAGAAAUGUGAUUAUUCUCCUCUUCUGCCAUAUUCCAUUUUUUAUUUUUAUUUUUUUUAAGGACUUCACCAUAGAAAUGCUAAGACCUGCUAUACAAAUCGCUGGCUGGAAAUUGGUUAACUUAUUUGUUCACAUCCGCCUUACGUGUGGUUUAUGCUUUUGAAUUUCCUAUGUUUUCCUGUACAUUAUAAAUUUAGCUCUUUUACAGUGCGUUUUUUGAAAAUUUUCAGACCCUUUAACUUUUUUUUACAUUUUGUUAUGUUGCAGCAUUGAACAUAAAUUAAAAAAAAACAUAUAUACAUAUAUACUAUAAAUAAAAGUCAAAAAAUUGGCAUGGACAUAAGUAUUCAGAUUCUUUCCUAUGACACUUGAAAUGUAGCUCUGGGGCCUCCCAUUUCUCUUCAUCAUCUCUGAGAUGUUUCCCCACCUUCAUUUGAGUUACCUGAGGUAAAAUCAGCUGAUUGAACAUGAUUUGGAAAUGCCCUGUCUAUAUAGAGUCUUACAACCCCAGAGCCAGGAGGGGUAUAGAACUGCCUGUAAAGCUCGGAAACAGGAUUGUGUGGAGCAUUGGUCUGGAGAGGGGUCCGAAUUUAUUUUCUGCUGCACUGCAUGUUUCCAAGAGCACUGUGGUCACCAUAAUCCUUGUGCUUAAAGGGGUACUCCGCCCCUAGACCUCUUAUCCCCUAUCCACAGGCUAGGGGAUAAGAUGUUUGAUUGCGGGGUCCCGCUGCUGGUCGAUCUCAGCUGCGGCGAUCUCUGCUGCAGCACACCAGACAUUCGGUGCACAGAGCGAACUUCGCUCAGUGCCGGAUGACUGAUGAUGCGGGGCGGAGGCUUGUCACGGCCAAGCCCCACUCGUGAUGUCAUGGCCACGCCCUCCUCCAUUCAAGUCUAUGGGAGGGGGCGUGGCUGCCAUCACGCCCCCUCCCAUAGACUUGCAUUGAGGGGGCGUGGUCAUGACGUCACGAGCCUCCGGCGCUGCACCUGACGCUCUAAACAAAUGCGGGGUGCAGCAAGGAGAUGGGGAUAGGGGUAAGAUGUCUAGGGGUGGAGUACCCCUUUAAGGCUGUGUUAACAAGUGGAGUUUCAUUAGCGAUACUUUUGUGGUACUGUGUGCAUUUUUUAUUGAAAAUGUCUGAAAUCGAGAGAUAAAUGGCGCAUUUCCGAGCAAUUUGCAUCGUCAUAAUGAAAUAGUGCAACGUUUAAGGCGAUUUAGAAAAAGUGUUGUAAAAACGCAAUGGUCCCUAUCCAACCUGACAGAGCUUAGGGGGAUCUGCAAUGGAGAAUACCAGAAAAGGACCAAAUCAAGACGUGUAAACCCUGUGGCCUCACCCCAAAGAAGACUGGAGGCUCUUAUAGCUGCCAAAAGGGCUUCAACUAAGUCCUGCGUAAGGGCUACAUUGCUGAAUGUCACUGCAAUAUUUUAGUUUUUCUUUAAAAAAAAAAAAAAUUGCAAAGAUUUCUAACAUUCUGUGUGUUUUUUUUAUUUUAUUAUUUUUUAUUAUUUUUAUUUUAUUAUGGGGUAUUGCAGUGUUUCCCAACCAGGGUGCCUCCAGGUGUUGCCAAACCACAACUCCCAGAAUGCCUGGACAGCCGAAGGCUGUCCAGGCAUUCUGGGAGUUGUAGUUUGGCAACACCUGGAGGCACCCUGGUUGGGAAACACUGGGGUAUUGAGUGUAGAAUGUUGGAGGAAAUUAGAUUUUUUUUUUUGCACACGCCUGCAACAUAACACAAUGUAAAAAAGUAAAAGGGUCUGAAAACUUUCCGAAUGCAUAUUUUUUUUCAUGAAAAAAACAUUUACCACAUCUCCAGAAUAUGCCGUCCCUAUUUUUUCUUUUAUUCUACUGUUCACAAUAGAAUUGAAUGGCCCAAUGUAUGCGAUAGAUGAUCUCUACAGCAACGCCUGGGAUGGAAGGGAGACAAAAUGAUACUGUUAUAAAUGUAUCUUUGUGUGUUAUAAAUACAACAUGUAUUAAAUAAAACCUAUGUAAUAUUUA